UGUGCAGGAUCCUUCGAAGCAUAUUUUUCACCUUGUGACGGAUAAACUCAACUUCGGAGCAAUGAACAUGUGGUUCCUCCUAAACCCACCUGGAAAGGCAACCAUACAUGUGGAAAACGUGGAUGAGUUCAAGUGGCUCAACUCAUCUUAAUUACUGCCCUGUUCUUCGUCAGCUUGAGUCAGCAGCAAUGAAGGAGUUCUAUUUCAAAGCAGAUCAUCCAACUUCAGGCUCUUCCAAUCUCAAAUACAGAAACCCAAAGUACCUCUCCAUGUUGAACCACUUGAGAUUUUACCUCCCUGAGGUUUAUCCCAAGAUGAACAAAAUUCUCUUCCUGGCCGACGACAUCAUCGUCCAGAAAGACAUGACUCCACUUUGGGAAGUCAACCUGAAUGGCAAAGUCAACGGUGCGGUGGAAACUUGCGGGGAGAGUUUCCACAGGUUCGACAAGUAUCUCAACUUCUCGAACCCUCACAUCGCGAGGAACUUCAAUCCAAACGCAUGUGGAUGGGCUUAUGGGAUGAACAUGUUCGACUUAAAGGAGUGGAAGAAGAGAGACAUCACUGGUAUCUACCAUAAGUGGCAAAACAUGAAUGAGAACAGGACACUGUGGAAGCUAGGGACACUACCACCAGGAUUAAUAACGUUUUACGGAUUAACACAUCCUUUGAACAAGGCGUGGCACGUGCUGGGACUUGGAUAUAACCCGAGUAUCGCUAAGAAGGACAAUGAGAAUGCAGCAGUAGUUCAUUAUAACGGGAACAUGAAACCGUGGUUGGAGUUGGCUAUAUCCAAGUAUCGACCGUAUUGGACCAAGUAUAUCCAGUUUGAUCACCCUUAUCUUCGUCGAUGCAACCUUCAUGAAUAAAAUUCAAAUUAAAUCUUUGUUUAAAUGAUUUGAGGUAAUUACUCCUAAUCUUAAUGUUGUUCGCCUCAUUGCGUUCCUCGCUUAUUUUGCACACACUGUUAAUUGUUUAUUCAUAUUUUUGUUUAGUCAUUUUUUUAUUG